AUGGAAGUUUUCCCAUUGCUCUUGGUUUUGUCCGUCUGGUGGUCUCGAACCUGGGACUCAGCGAAUGCGGAUUCGAUCAUUCACAUCGGAGCAAUUUUUGAUGAAUCUGCCAAGAAGGAUGAUGAGGUGUUUCGCACAGCAGUUGGUGACCUCAACCAGAACGAGGAGAUCUUACAGACUGAGAAAAUCACAUUUUCAGUGACAUUUGUUGAUGGCAACAACCCAUUUCAAGCAGUUCAAGAAGCCUGUGAACUUAUGAAUCAAGGCAUCUUGGCCCUGGUCAGCUCGAUUGGCUGCACAUCAGCGGGGUCCCUCCAGUCUCUGGCAGAUGCCAUGCACAUACCCCACCUCUUCAUUCAGCGUUCAACAGCUGGAACCCCAAGGAGUGGCUGUGGACUCACCCGGAGUAACAGAAAUGAUGACUACACUCUCUCAGUUCGCCCACCAGUCUACUUGAAUGAUGUUAUACUGAGAGUGGUCACAGAGUAUGCCUGGCAGAAAUUCAUUAUAUUCUAUGAUAGUGACUAUGAUAUCCGUGGAAUACAGGAGUUUUUGGACAAAGUAUCUCAACAGGGGAUGGAUGUUGCACUUCAGAAGGUAGAAAACAACAUAAAUAAAAUGAUCACUACCCUCUUUGACACCAUGCGAAUAGAGGAACUGAAUCGCUAUCGAGAUACUCUUAGGCGAGCCAUCCUUGUUAUGAAUCCUUCCACAGCCAAAUCCUUCAUCACAGAGGUUGUGGAGACUAAUUUGGUUGCUUUUGACUGUCACUGGAUCAUUAUAAAUGAGGAAAUAAACGAUGUGGACGUACAGGAACUUGUAAGAAGGUCAAUUGGAAGAUUAACGAUUAUUCGGCAGACAUUUCCAGUCCCACAGAAUAUAAGUCAGCGAUGUUUUCGUGGCAACCAUCGAAUAUCUUCAACGUUGUGUGAUCCAAAGGAUCCCUUUGCUCAGAAUAUGGAGAUUUCAAACCUUUACAUAUAUGACACAGUGCUUCUGCUGGCUAAUGCUUUUCAUAAGAAGCUAGAGGACCGGAAGUGGCACAGCAUGGCAAGUUUGUCAUGUAUCAGAAAGAACUCUAAACCCUGGCAGGGGGGCCGUUCCAUGCUGGACACCAUCAAGAAGGGUGGAGUUAGUGGAUUGACUGGAGAGCUAGAAUUUGGAGAAAACGGAGGCAACCCCAAUGUUCACUUUGAAAUCCUUGGAACCAACUAUGGAGAAGAGCUUGGCCGAGGUGUUCGAAAACUGGGGUGCUGGAACCCUGUCACAGGGCUGAAUGGGUCACUGACUGACAAGAAGCUGGAGAAUAACAUGCGAGGCGUGGUUCUACGGGUGGUGACUGUCCUGGAAGAACCUUUUGUAAUGGUCUCUGAAAAUGUCUUGGGUAAACCGAAGAAAUACCAGGGCUUCUCCAUUGACGUUUUGGAUGCCUUAUCUAACUACCUGGGUUUUAACUAUGAAAUUUAUGUUGCACCGGAUCACAAGUAUGGAAGCCCCCAAGAAGAUGGGACAUGGAAUGGCCUGGUAGGAGAACUAGUCUUUAAGAGAGCCGACAUAGGGAUUUCUGCGCUAACCAUCACCCCAGAUCGUGAAAAUGUGGUGGACUUUACAACACGUUACAUGGACUACUCAGUGGGUGUACUACUUCGAAGGGCUGAAAAGACCGUGGAUAUGUUUGCCUGUCUUGCACCAUUUGAUCUCUCUUUAUGGGCUUGCAUUGCUGGCACGGUCCUUCUAGUGGGUCUACUGGUCUACCUGUUGAACUGGCUUAAUCCUCCACGAUUACAAAUGGGAUCAAUGACUUCUACUACUCUCUACAACUCCAUGUGGUUUGUGUACGGAUCCUUUGUACAGCAAGGUGGGGAAGUCCCAUACACGACCCUGGCUACCCGAAUGAUGAUGGGGGCUUGGUGGCUUUUUGCUUUGAUUGUCAUCUCAUCUUACACUGCAAACCUUGCUGCUUUCCUCACUAUCACCCGCAUUGAAAGCUCCAUCCAGUCUCUCCAGGACCUUUCCAAGCAAACAGACAUCCCUUAUGGCACCGUCCUGGACUCUGCAGUAUAUGAGCAUGUCCGCAUGAAGGGGAUGAAUCCUUUCGAGAGGGACAGCAUGUAUUCCCAAAUGUGGCGGAUGAUCAAUCGCAGCAAUGGAUCAGAGAACAAUGUUCUGGAGUCCCAAGCAGGAAUUCAAAAGGUAAAAUUUGGAAAUUAUGCUUUUGUAUGGGAUGCAGCUGUACUGGAAUAUGUGGCUAUCAAUGACCCAGAUUGUUCCUUUUACACCAUUGGGAAUACUGUUGCUGAUCGGGGAUAUGGAAUUGCAUUGCAACAUGGCAGUCCUUACCGGGAUGUUUUUUCACAAAGGAUUCUGGAGCUUCAGCAGAAUGGUGACAUGGACAUCCUGAAGCACAAAUGGUGGCCUAAGAACGGCCAGUGUGACCUGUACUCUUCAGUGGACACAAAGCAGAAAGGAGGUGCCCUGGACAUAAAGAGCUUUGCAGGGGUUUUUUGUAUCCUGGCUGCUGGAAUUGUCCUCUCCUGCUUUAUAGCCAUGCUGGAGACGUGGUGGAACAAGAGGAAGGGCUCCCGAGUCCCAUCAAAAGAGGAUGACAAGGAAAUUGACCUGGAGCACCUCCAUAGACGUGUAAAUAGCUUGUGCACAGAUGACGACAGCCCCCAUAAACAGUUUUCCACCUCGUCAAUUGACUUGACCCCUCUGGACAUUGACACUUUGCCAACACGACAAGCACUGGAGCAAAUCAGUGAUUUCAGGAACACUCAUAUUACCACAACAACCUUUAUCCCAGAGCAGAUCCAGACUCUUAGCCGCACACUGUCAGCUAAAGCUGCCUCUGGUUUCGCUUUUGGCAACGUGCCUGAGCACCGAACUGGCCCUUUUAGGCACAGGGCACCUAAUGGGGGCUUUUUCAGGAGUCCUAUAAAAACAAUGUCAUCUAUUCCUUAUCAACCAACUCCUUCUCUGGGGCUCAAUCUGGGCAACGACCCAGACCGAGGCACCUCCAUAUGAGCAUCUGAUAAAAUCUCUUCACUGUUUCUUUUUUAGGACUCCCUUUGCAAGGAGCAACUGUAAUGUUGUGGGACUAACAUGGAUGUAACAUUAAAAAAAAAAAAAUCAGGAUUAUUAGUAACA